AAGCUCCUCUGACUGAACUCCCUCAAAAGAAUAUCAAAUAGCAGCAGCUCAUUCAGAACAUUGCAGCUUGGGUUCUGACCAGAACCAAAAAAAAACUAUUACAAUACUGGAGGUCUGGUAAAUAAAUAGAGCGAGUUGGGAUCAAUGGCAGCUGCUCAGUGGCAAAGAAAGACGCAUUACUGACAGAUGGCCAGAGGCACCGAGGAAACCAUUGAAUGUUUUCUUGGCUCGCCACGUCAAAGAUGCUUUGUUGUCUUACUGUACCUGCAAUGCCAUGACGACAGCAGUAAACUGGACUUAAAGGAGCGCAACUCAUGCAGGACACUUUGGAGCUCAAUCCUUUUAUUAACUCGCUGUGGAGGUUCAGAUGGUACGAUAUGGCUCAAUCGGAAAAAGUGUUCAUUGAAAAUCUGCAACAUGCCAAACACCGCCGGCACUUUUUCCUGCGGGCUCGACCAUACAGGGGAGAACUUCCCACAGUGGCAGGGUUUCUCCUCUACCCGGACACCCCCGCCAAGAUGGAGACCACGUCUCGGGAGGCUUUCUGCUUCAGGACCGUGCCACCACGAGACGGCGUGAAAAGUCAAAGUUCCCUUCCAGCUGCCCAGACGUCACAGCAGACUCGCCAUUGCCGUCCAGUAUCCUUGAGACAAACACAAAGUGGAAAGAGCAAGCAUCUGGAGAUAGAUGAGCAAGUAGACAUCUGUGAGCCAAACCAAGAUCCAAAGAUGCUGUCUCAGUACCAGAAGGACUUUCCGCCUCCGUCUUCCUGGUGCAGGAGGAGAACCCCUGCCCUGCCGCAGCCGGACAACAUUGGGAUCAACCCGGCUUUCAGGAUCGAGUUCGGGACAAUCCACAGGGAGACUUACCCCAACUGGCAUGACCCUUGAACUGGAGCCGCCCUGUCCACCAUUGCUGAAUGACCUUCCAGUAACAUCUGUGAAGCACCUCAUCCAACUGAACCAAUCUCUUCAAGUCAGAUAAAAGAUAAAACCAUUGCAAAAGCAGUCACCCAGUGGUCAAGUAGAUAUGCCGCCCGUAGCCACUAGGGGGCGUAUUGGGAUCAAAUACGCUAUGACCUGGUGCAUUUUCCAGAAUGGAACGCCAAGAUGAGUGACUAAACACCUUUCAUAAUAAAGUUUUAAUAUGACAAAUAACACAACAUUUUGCAAAGAUUUUUGUGCUGUGAUAAAAAUAGAGUGGCCGCAAAAAAACAACGAAAAAUAAAGUUAUCCAGGUUCACUUUUUAAGUUUCAUCUCCUUUCUCGGUGCCUGCUCCUGUCUCGGUAGCGGUUGUCCUCCCUUCCUCUGGUUCCCUUCUCGUCCGUGUCUCGGUCCCAGUUAACCCGGUUGUCUCUAUUGUUCCAGUUGUCUCUGUUGUCACGGUCUCGCCGUCCGGAUCUCUCCCACUCCUUGCGCCCGCCGCCCUGCCACUCUUGCUGCGAUGGUCCAGCUCCCAGGUUGAUGGGCUUCCGGAAAGGUCGAUCCCUGCCGCCGAAGCGCAGCUGCCCGGACUCUUUCUUUCCUCCUAGCCCGCCGCCGAGCCGCCUGGGGAUCCAGCCUGUAAGGGUUCGCUCUAGCUCGAAAUCCACGAACAACUCUUGCUGGUCCACCACCAGCUUGUUGGCGUCCCGACGAGCUCGCACCACGGCCCGCUCCUCCUUGUACUCGACAAAGGCGUAGCGCUUGGAGAAGCCCGUGACCACAUCACGAACCAACCGGAGCCGCUUUAUGUCGCCGAAUUUAGAGAAGGCCUGGUGUAGUUUAUCCUCGGUGGUGCUCGGGUUGAGUCGAGCUACAAAGAGCGUGAGAAGCGGAUCUCCCACGACGCCUUUGUUGGGCUUGUAGCGGGCGCACAUCCCCCUCCACACGGCCCGGUCGUGGGGCUCCACAUCGGUGCCGUCAAUACUCCCGGCUUUCAGCGGAUCGUACACCUUAGCGAUAGCGCUCCAGUCCGCCAUUUCCCGGCUGUUUUCUUUGCCUGUGGCUCGUUAAAACUAAAACAGAACGGAAAACAUCCGCGUAGCUUUCUCCACAGGGGUUCCGCUUGACCG